AUGUUUACUCCAGAAAUUGUUCAAAAAUUCAAACUACCUACUGAUGAUACUUUUUUUGAAAUCAAGCAACCUGAUAUUCCUAUUACCUGGCACGAGGUCGAUCCAAAUGAACUUGGCCAGAGUAUUCACUACAACUUUCCAAAAAACUUUUUGGCUGCAAAGACAAUUGCUGCAAAGCUAUGUUUUGCUGUGGGUUGCAAGGAACUCAAAGGGUUUAGAAUGAUGGAAAAUCAUUAUUUUCAAGGUCGUUUGCUAAAAUCGUUUGAUUUUAAUUUUGGAUUUUGUAUUCCAAAUACAAUCAACACAUGGGAGCAUAUCUACGAUGUUCCGUUUCUGGAUAAAAAAACACAGGAAAAAAUGAUUCAGUCGCCUGGAGAAACUGUGUCGGAUAGUUUUUAUUUCGUGGACAAUAAGCUAGUACUUCAUAACAAGGCCACUUAUUCAUUCAGUUAA